AUGACUGCUACAGCUACAAAGUCUCUCGUAGUCGCUACGACUGAGGCCAUUGAAAGUGAGAAGGGUUCGAAGACUCUCAAGGUCGUCACAACAGAGCAGCCAACUACUAUAACACAAAGAAUCACCAAUAAGAUGUCACACAGGGGGAACAAGAUCACCAAGAUUGCUUCUACCGAGCCCAACGCAAAGCUCACUAAGAAAGCGCCACAACAACAGCAGGAUAUCGACGACAGCAGUCCUCUAGCCUGCAUUGACUACGCAUGCGAGGCAAUAGUUUUGGUCUUCCGCUCUCUCAGUGGCAAAGAAGAAGAGAAGCCAACUGCUUAUCGAUCAGUUUCGGCAUCCCCAGUGAAGACACGAGUCAGGAAGCAGUUGGUUGUUGCGACUGAUGUCAACGAGAACUCUCUCGUUGAUAAAGGGCAGAAGCAAACUGAUCUUUCAUUCUCGGAGCAAGCACCAGUCAAGAAGCAGUUGACUAUUGCCUCUGAUUUCAGCGAGCACAAACUUUCCACUGAGGCUCCUACGGAUGUAACGACAACUGAAUCUAGUUCCAAGAAGAAAUCCUCUACAAAAAAGAAGGCGAAGGCUAUAUUUGGCCGAUUCUUCAAGAAGAAGGGCAAGAAAUCAACGGUAGAAGGCAACUGCCGAAAGGGGAAACUUGCUCAUCAACCCGAAAAGACCGAAGUGAUUCAAGAGAAAGAACACAGCCCGCGCACCGAGUCCGUUUCCAAACCCGAGUCGACAGGGUUUGUACAACUGGAACAAGAAGACUUGCCCACCGAGUCCGCCCCCCAAGUGGAACCGAUGAAAGCAGACAAUACACCCUGCGAGUCUGUUCCUCCCCGCGAACUGACCAAGGAGAUGCAAGACGAAGUAGAGAACUCAAUUGUUGAGCCUGUUCUUCAUUCGGAAUCAACAGAGAUUCUCCAAAAGAAGGUAUCAUUUGCUACACUGCCUGAAAGGGAAGCACCACCAUCCCCUACAGAGGUUGCAUCCAAAGCCCUGUUCGACCUCAUCGAUACCGUCAGUCUCAAGAUCGACAUGCAUUAUCCACAACUUACUAACGCAAAUCUUGCAGCAGCUCGGAUCGUGUCACUUCCCGAUUCGGACUUGGAUUCGGAUGAGGAGGAUACAGAAAACGAUUCUCUAGCCGAAUCGACUGGCGAGAACUCGACAAAGGUCUUUGACGUUGUGAAGGACAUGAACGAUAUGUGGGAAAAGAAGGAUGAAGUCAUUAGCGAAUUGAACGAAAUGUGGGAAGAAUCUGACCAAGACUUGGUGAAGGUUAUUACAGAGCACAUAUCAUUCGACGAGGAUGAAGACGAUGAACCUUUGGAAUCAGACUACGCGUUGCCAAGCUACCAGCACAUCGCGUCGACCGAACAUAAGUUUGUACAGUUCCAGUCUCAUUCUAAUAUGAUUGCAGCUGUAUAG